AUGGCUCGCUUCAGCCUGGGCGCCAAACUCAUCUUCUUCGGCCUGCUUGCAGGAGCGCUCUAUGCCACGGUCACAGGGAUCCGCCGCUUUGGCCCGUUAAUCGACUUCUCCGGGGAUAGUUCUAUUGAGUCAUUCAAUUUCGAAGAUACCCAUGAAGAGCACCGGUGCAUCAAUAGCCCGCCUCCUCCCCUCAACCCAAUCCCGAAUGUCGUGCAUCUGAUCUGGUUAGAUAACCACGACCUGACGUUCAUGAACUACUUGACGAUCCGGUCCGCAUUGAUUUCUCUCGCCCCUGAGAAGAUUGUCCUGCACCACACCAGUCUCAACACCAACAAUAAAUGGUUCCUCAAGCUGAAGGAUCACUUGACGUUAGUCAAGCAUAAUAUCAACAGGGAAUACCCGCAGCAGGUGGAGGAGAAUUGGCAAACGAAUCAUAUCUCGGAUAUUCUCCGCCUCGAUAUCCUCCAACAGCAAGGUGGAAUCUAUCUGGACAUGGACGUAAUUUCGCUUCAGCCCUUUGCUCCUCUGCUUCACUCCGAGGAAGACGUCGUGCUUGGAAAUGCCGGAGGCAACCGCCACGGGUUAGGCAAUGGCAUCAUACUCGGCCGCUCAGGGUCAAUCUUCAUCAAGCAUUGGCGUGACCGCUACAAAGCCUUUUCGAAGGAGCAGUGGAACACGCAGACCAUCACUGUGCCCAAACAGCUGUCGCGGACUCUCCCCGACGAGAUUUGUUCCCUCUCGCCUUCCGCCUUCUUCUGGCCGACCUGGACCAAGCGGCACCUGGAGUACAUGCACAAGCCGCUUACCGAGAAGGAGUCUCAAGAGUUCCAUGAGACGCUCGCGAUUUUCUCCGGCUCCAUGCAUCCGGGGCAGAUGGCAUAUCAUUCAUGGAGCCAAAUGGCUUCUGAAUACCUAAACCACCUCACGCCCCAAAAGGUGGGUUCGGAAGCUACCCGGUUCAAUAUCCUCGUCCGACGCUUUGUGGACUGGGAUAACGUGUAA